AUGUUUACUUGUACCCCCUGCAACUGCAAUUUCAAAGACCAAGCUGGCCUUGACCACCAUCUCCAACUCUCCCUCGCCCAUGCCUUCGACUGCAAACCAUGUGGUCAGGCGUUUAACUCCUGGGAACUUCUCGGAAUCCACUGCGAGUCCACCUUGCACCAGCGAAUGAUGAACUCCCCUCUCAACGCCUUCUUCUGCUCCUGGUCCGGCUUUUUAUUCCAUGCACAGCUCCCGCCGCAUAGAAAUUGGGACGAACUGCGUAAGUUCUGUUGCUGGGAUGAUCAAAGCCCCCAGUAUCGUGCAGCUUGGAUUCAAUACCAGGAUGCGCUAGCUUCAGAAGUGACCAUCUGGUUCGGCGAUGUCUUGGAGCUUGAGUCCUGGCACAAGCUUUGUGGUGCAGUUGGGAUUAGUCCGCUUCCCAGCACUUGUGCCAAUGGUUAUUGGGCUAUUCGAGACCUCCACGUCAAUAUCAUUGACCUCAUUCAGUGGGCUCGCACUGGUAGCAAUGGCGAGGUUAAGCGCUGGAGAAAUAAUGCUGCUCUUUUUGAGUAUUCGAUCGCGACCAAGAAGAUCUUUGAGCGGGACUUGACUACCAGAGACAACCCAAAUAUUGUUCUGCGGCAUUUGGCUAGCUGCAUGCUCCCUCGUUAG